GUCUUCCUUUGGGGGAGGGGGCAGGGAAGUUGAACAAUUGCUAGCAGCUGUUACUCAUUCCACAAUAGGGCCGCCUCUCCAGACCUGUGAGCAUGUGACUGUUUGAGUUUCAUUUAUUAAACUGGUCACUCUACUGCCCAAGUCUUAUUCUUAUCGCCUGACAGAAGUUUCCCCUCAGAGAAGUCUUCGGUGGCACAGGAGACUCCCCAGUGUCCCCAGAGACGAAUUAAUGGUCACAAACACUGCCAACCCUUUGAGAUUUACUUUAAAACUCCAGGUUCAUCAAAACAGUGUUCCUCCCCUCCUCAGGAGAACACUCAUGUCCUACCAAACCUUUUGGGGAACUCUUGGUGACUCAGGCCAGAGGAAAGUACCACGAUGACAGGCCGACUACCCCAGAAGCUAUUGCUAUGGUUCAUUGUGUUAUUGGGCAUCGGAUUGCUGGCGUUAACUGUGGUAUGUGUGGCUCUGCAGAUCCUGGUGCCAUGGCAAAUGACGAACUUCCAAAGCUUCACUGCAAUAAAACACAGGUAUUUCAGUAAUGAGAGCAAAAGCUUUAUGGACUACCACACAUCUGCUGAGAAGGAACUGCCCAGUGCUGAAGAGCAAGAUCAGAGUUCAUCCCAGCAAUCAGAUAUUCAUGAUUUGCCAAUAUCAGACAACUCAAAGCCUGAUCAUGCAAAUUCAAACACAAGCUCCUUAAAACAAGUGCCAAAAAAUGAGACAAAAUCCAUCAAACCAGCAAAACCAACUGAACCAGACUUUUUUGGUGACCAGUAUGCCAUGGACGAUGUUCCUUCACAAACAAACUGUCCAAGCAGCAUUAGAAAGCACGUGCCUCAGACUUCAUUUGCUGAGGUGUUUCAUCAAAGCAUUCCAGUCCUUCAGUGGGCAAAGCAUUUCACUCAAGAUCAGUACCAGCGGUUGAAGCGCUACAGUGGAGCGCAUGGCUGGGGAGGCGUUGAUUUCGAUGUAUUAAAGAGCUCACUGGGAAUUUUAAAUACAACAGCAAAUCGGUUAAUGUUCGACGACUGGGAACAGAGGAAGAACAGAUCACAGUGCAUCCGUUGUGCCGUGGUGGGAAACGGAGGAAUUCUGAAUGGAUCAAUGAAAGGCAAAGAGAUCGAUGAACAUGACUAUGUCUUCAGGGUGAAUGGUGCAGUUCUUAAGGGGUUUGAGCAGGAUGUGGGAUCUAGGACGUCAUUUUAUACAUUCUCCACCAACACUAUGAGAAACUCCAUGCGUAGCUAUGCUGGCCUAGGCUACAGGGGACCACCAGUAACGAAGGAAACUAGAUACAUUUUCCUGCCAGAUCAUGACAGAGAUUACAUACUUAUGAGGGCAGCUGCCACACACACAAUAAUUGAGAAAGGCCCUGAGCGCAGCAAAACACCACUUAAAUAUUUUGGUGAAGAUGUGACUGUAGAACAUUUCAAAAUGUACCACCCAGACUUUAUCCGCUACCUUAGAAACAGAUUUCUGCAUUCGCGUCUUCUAAAAACUGGUGCAAGAAGAAUUUACAGGCCUUCCACAGGAGCAGUAAUGCUUCUGGCAGCUAUUCAUACUUGUGACCAGGUAGACGCUUAUGGGUUCAUGACUCCUGACUACACUGCAUACUCAGACCACUACUAUGACAAACAUCGACGUGUGGUGCGUUUUUUUGCCAAUCAUGACAUGCGAAUGGAAAUGAAGUUGUGGCAACAGCUGCGUCAAGCCGGACUGAUGAAUCUUUACAUGCGCAAGUGAGCGCAAAAGGAUGGAUACUUGCUUUUGAUUCAUUACCGUCACUGGAAAAAACAGCAUGGGAGGCCGUCAACAGGACAAACCUGUUAUUCCCCCUGCUGUAUUUGCCGUUUGUGUUAUCGACAGUGAAUAUCAGCUGCGAUUGAGGUUUUUAUUGUUGAAUGACGUGCUAUGUACAGAAGCUACAAAGGAGUGUCUCGUGCUACACACUGAGCAUGUUCUCUUUCUACUAAAUGACAAAGACUUCAUUAUUUAUUGGUGGAAGGGAGCCAUGUUAACACCCUUAGAAUUUAGAAUAACUGAACUGAUCUCCGUGUUCAAAGUACUAUUUGUUCUCACAUUCUUUGUGUUGUUCCAAAUCAAGGCAGGGGAGCAUGGACUGUGGACAACUUACUAUGUAAAAAUGAUUUUAUAAUGUGUUGACGUGCCUUAGGACUUCAUGGUGUGUGAGUGAGAAAACGUGUGGGAGAAACAGACAGUUUAAAAAAAAUAUUAGCAAGCUAAAAUGAAAACUCUGUCCAAAAUAAUCAACCAAAGAGAUUGUUUUUUAACAACGUAUUAAUAAUAUUCAAAAUCAUAUCACUUUAACAGGUUUAAAGGGUUGUACAUGGUCCAUCCAAAGUACAAUUCAUGUUGCACUAUGUAAAAAAUCUACUUUCUGAAAGGGCUUUUAAAGGGUUAUCUGUUUUUAAAAUGACUUUUAAAAACAUAUUUUAACUUCUAUAUUAUGUCCGGAUGACUUGACUGGUUUAGGGAUUUGCACACUCUUGACUCCACUUUUUUUUAAAGCAGAAAUAUUUUUAACAGAUGCAAACUCACAAAUUAAUACAAAAAAAUGAAAGAUUUUUUUUUGCUCAAUUAAUUUUUUGGAGCUAUUUUCUUAAUUUCUUUUAUUGUUGUAAUUUUUUAUUUUUGUCUGUAUCACAAUGUGGAUUUUAUUUUUAUAUUUACAGAAUCAUUUGACUUUGGAUUUACAACCUUACAGCUCAAAAACUUUGGUUAUUUAAAAAUUUUGUUCACUCAGGCAAAUCAAAAUUAAAUAAAAAUG